UCAUAACCUGUGCUCACCAUGCCGCAUGCGUUUCUCCGCUCUCGCGCAACAUGGCGACCGGCAAAGGACUUGCCGUGAUUUUUCAUCCGAAGACCAUCAAUCUGAUUGGAAAUAAUAAGCUGAACAAGUUCUCGCGCGGCGUUUUGUGGCAAUGCAGUACGUGUCAGCGGCACAUGGUGACUGUCGCAUCGGCUGUCGGUGGCUGGAACCGUGAAAAAAAUAUAGAAAGAAUAGUGCAGCCACAUAGAGCCAUACAUCUAACAAGUAGAUUGUUAAAACGUAACUAUUAUGAAAUCCUGGGUGUUUCCAAGAAUGCCUCAGCAAAAGACAUAAAAAAGGCAUAUUAUCAACUUGCUAAAAAAUAUCAUCCUGAUACGAAUAAAAGAGAUCCGGAUGCCAAUCAGAAAUUUCAAGAAGUUUCUGAAGCAUAUGAAGUAUUAAGCGAUGAUACUAAGAGAAAAGAAUACGAUACAUGGGGAGCAACUUCGGAGCAAAUGGGUAUGGGAAUGGGUCAGGGUCAAAGGACCAAGAGUUACAAUCAGCAUUGGCAGUACAGAUCGACCAUUAAUGCCGAGGAAUUGUUUAGAAAAAUAUUCGGCGAUGCCGGAUUCCAAAGUGGGGCCUUCAAUGAUUUUGAAGACUUUUCAGAAUCAAAAUAUGGUUUUGGAGCAGCUCAAGAGGUGAUAAUGAAUUUAACUUUUUCCCAAGCUGCUAGAGGCGUGAAUAAGGAUAUUAAUGUGAAUGUAAUAGACACUUGUCCGAAAUGUGGUGGUUCACGUUGUGAGCUAGGAACUAAGCCGAUAAGAUGCCAGUAUUGCAAUGGUACUGGAAUGGAAACAAUAAGCACCGGUCCUUUUGUAAUGAGUUCGACUUGUCGAUAUUGUCAAGGCACGAAGAUGCAUAUUAAGUUCCCUUGCACAGAAUGUAACGCAAAAGGACAAACGGUACAACGUAAGAAAAUAACAGUGCCAGUUCCAGCUGGAGUAGAAGACGGUCAAACGAUCCGUAUGGCAAUAGGCAAAAAAGAGAUAUUUGUAACAUUCCGCGUGGAGAAGUCUCGAUAUUUCCGCCGUGACGGGCCUGAUGUGCAUACUGACGCCGAAGUCUCACUGUCACAGGCAGUGCUGGGUGGUACAAUACGAGUGGAGGGAGUGUACGAAGAUCAGACUAUACAAAUAAUGCCAGGUACAUCGUCUCACACGCGAAUCCGUUUAAACAGCAAGGGAUUGAAAAAGGUCGAUGGGAUGGGUUACGGCGAUCAUUACGUAAACGUAAAGAUUACUGUGCCGAAACAAUUGACGGAUAAGCAGCGAGCGUUGCUUCAAGCAUUCGCCGAACUUGAGACCAAUACUCCCGGUAGUAUACAUGGUGUAACAUAUAAAACAGAUGGCAUGGCAAAUCCAAAGGUGCAAACUCAAGCGAGACAAGAGGUCCAAAAUGAUCAGAAUGACGGUCUACUUACAAAAAUUAAAAAAGCUAUAUUUGGAUAAAGAAUAAAUUGUA